GUGAGCAUGUCCUCCCGCAAGACAGCCGGACGCCGCGGUACCACGAAGAAGCGGGCCCAGCGCGCUACCUCGAACGUAUUCGCCAUGUUCGAUCAGGCACAGAUAGCUGAGUUCAAAGAAGCGUUCAACAUGAUCGACCAAAACCGGGACGGUUUCAUUGAGAAGGACGAUCUGCACGAUAUGCUUGCCUCGCUCGGUAAAAAUCCGACGGAAGAUUAUCUCGAGGGCAUGAUGAACGAAGCACCCGGACCGAUCAAUUUCACCAUGUUUUUGACGCUGUUUGGCGAACGGCUGCAGGGAACCGAUCCGGAGGAGGUGAUCAAGAACGCGUUCGGUUGCUUCGACGAGGAAAACACCGGCGUCAUAAACGAGGAUCGGCUGCGCGAGCUGCUCACGUCGAUGGGCGACCGGUUCACGGACGAGGAUGUGGAUGAAAUGUUCCGGGAGGCACCGAUCAAGAGCGGACUGUUCGAUUACAUCGAGUUUACACGCAUCCUGAAGCACGGCGCCAAGGAUAAGGAUGAGCAGUGAGGGAUCGA